GUUCUAUCUUGCCGAACCUCCCAAAUGACAUUAUGACUCGAUCAGUUGUGUCCACAGCCUAGAUUUCUUUCAGCACAUUUAUCUUUUCAUAUCAUCUUUCACCAUGCCAAUCCUUGGGCUGGCCCCCUCUAUCGCUCCAAUAAAACCCGUGCAUUUUGAUAUCGAAAAAGUCGUUCGACCAAAUAUCCUCGCUCUCCAUCCUUACCGAUGUGCACGCGAUGACUACCAAGAGGGAAUCCUCCUCGAUGCAAAUGAAAACGCUCUCGGACACUCUAUUCCCAGAUCGUUCAACCAGAUCCAGCAGGAGCUUUCAUCGACACUAGACGCAGACUUAAACCGAUACCCUGAUCCCUCUCAUGAUGAGAUAAAAUCUCGCAUUGCAUCGCUCAGAUCGCUGCCCGGGAAGGACCACGUCUUUCUUGGCGUCGGAUCUGAUGAGGUCAUUGAUCUCUUGAUGCGAAUUUGCGUUGUACCCGCAAAUGAGAAGAUUCUGAUCACCCCGCCAACUUAUGGAAUGUAUUCUGUUUGCGCGCAAGUGAAUGAUAUCGGGCUAGUUCGUUGUAACCUCAAUUUGAGUGGCAGCGGGGGAGAGGGCGGAGAGCACGGUCGAUUCAGUUUGCUGAUUGAUAAUAUAAAAGCGGCGGUCCUGGCCGACCCUUCUAUCAAGCUUAUUUUUCUCUGCUCACCAGGGAACCCCACGGGUACUUUGAUUAGUCUGGCAGCUAUCAAAGCAAUAUUGGACUACGAGCCAUUUAAAGGGAUCGUCGUCGUCGAUGAAGCGUAUAUCGACUUUGCCGGCGAGGGUGCCAGCGCCGUAUCCCUAAUCAAAGACUAUGCUAAUCUGUGCGUAAUGCAAACUUUGAGCAAAAGCUUUGGCCUCGCUGCGAUUAGGCUCGGUAUCGCCCUUGCACAGCCGCCAUUAAUUCAAGUGCUCACAAACACAAAAGCCCCGUAUAAUAUCUCCACUCCGUCCGCUCAGUUGGCACUCGCUGCGCUAAGCCAGGAGGCAGUUCAAAGCAUGCUUUUAAAAUGUCAAACGCUCGUAGAGUCACGGAAACAGCUACAGAAGUCUCUCGAAAGUCUUUCUGCCCUCGGUGUAGGAGACGUCAUUGGCGGCAAUGAUGCAAACUUCUUGGUGGUUCCCAUCCUCAAUAAAGAAACCAGACUUCCUGACAACGUUCGGGCAAAUGCGCUUUAUACGGAGCUCGCCGAGAACAAAGGGGUUGUAGUGAGGUUCAGAGGGAAAGAGGCUGGAUGUGAUGGAUGCUUGAGGAUCACUAUUGGGACCUGCCGAGGAGAACGGGACCCUCCUUCGACAACUGCAGAGUGCUUUAAAUGUCUAUUAACUGCGCGAGGCUAUGAAUCCUAUAGAGUCGACCUCUUCUGGAGGGGUUCACUUGCCAAAUACAGACAGAUUAUUACGUGUCAGUACUUAUUAUUGACGUGGUACGCGGUAUUUUGCCGGCGCCGCGAUCUAAGGGCCUACGGCGCAGCGCUCACUGACUUGAUCUAUCUGGCCUUUUCAUUUGCAUGCUGAGGAUUUUUAUUUCCGUCAAUUGCCCGUUAGCGCAACUCUCUGGUCGAUAUUAUC